UAAAUCAACAAUAUUAUUACCCAAAAUAUUCAACGAAUUAAACAAAAAUAAAGAAUGGGAUAAGCAAUUCAACUGGCUAAAAAAACUGAAUCUAUAUAAAAGGGAUAAACAAAUUUUGACAUAAAUGAUUUUGAUUUAAAUGACAGCGAUAGAGAGGACUUCGACAACUAUGUUGAUAUUCUGUUUGUUCUUGAUUAGUCUGGGUCUAUGUCAACCUAUAUUAAAUAAGCUAAAUAAACUAUUUGUAAAAUAGUAGAAAAAUUUAAAAAUAAGGAAUACGACUUAAAAUUUUCUCUCUGCACAUACAUAGAUCAUACACCUCAAAGCGAAAUGCUGACAGAUUUUACUGACUUGUGCAGUGGAUACUAGAUUGUUUAGAAACUUCAUACGGUAAUUGCUACUGGAGGAGGAGAUAUUCCUGAAGCUGUUAUGGAUGGCUUGAGGGAUGGAAUUACAAAAACUUCAUGGAGAAAAACUGUUAUUGGAAAAGAAGAAAAGUCUCAAAGAUUUUUAUUUCAUAUUUGUGAUGCUCCUCCUCAUGGUGAGGAAUAUGGAUUUCUUAGCAGUGAUAAGUAAUGGUCAAUUAAUGGUUGCCCUUGUGGAACAAAAAGAGAAGACAUCAAAAAUUUACUCUAAUUACACGACAUAUAGUAUUUUUUGAUCAAGCCAAAUCAUGCUAUUUCUAAAAUGGAGUAAUUAUUUAAGGAGUGCUUUGGAGAUUAUUUUAAAGAUACGAUUAAUCUUAGUGAAAAUUUCCAAUAAAAAGAUAACAAAACACAAAUGUGGGAAGGUGUUUUAAGUAAUAUUGAGAAAAAUGUUUCAUGA